AUGGACCAAGUCGUGGCCGCUUUCCGCGCGAUUGGCGAGAGGCUUCACGAUCCCGAGGACGUCAAGGCCGACUUCACGGGUCGCAAUGUUAUUGUCACAGGCUCGAAUUGUGGAAUAGGCUUCGAAGCUGCCGUGAAGUUCGUUCAACUUGGUGCCGAAAAGGUGAUUUUGGCGGUGAGAUCGAGCCCCAAAGGCGAAGUUGCUAGGAAGCUAAUCGAGGAGCGGGCGGGAAGAGACGGAGUUGUGGAAGUAUGGUUGCUUGAUAUGAUGGAUUAUGGUAGUCUGAGAGCCUUUGCGCAGAAAGUCAAUGAGGAGCUUGAUCACAUUGACGUUGUGGUCCUUAAUGCAGCUUGCAUCGCCGUCAACUUCGAGCCGAGUCGCUAUGGCUGGGACCGUACUCUUCAGAUCAACACUCUCUCGACAGCCUUGCUUAGCCUACUGCUGCUCCCAAAGUUAAGAGCAAGCAAGACGCCAGAAUACACUCCUGUUCUGCUGCUCGUGAGCUCGGGCACCCACCAACACGCCAGCUUGAGCGAAACAGCUCGAGAGGCCGAGUCUCCACUGGAAGUCUACAACGUCAAGAACCGCACUGGGCUAUUUCAAUACAGCAUGUCCAAGCUUUUCCUACAGUACGCGUUGGCCAGUAUGGUAAAGCGGCUUGCAGCAAGCCAUGGUGAUGCACCGCCUGUGUUCAUCAUAUCAGUCUGUCCAGGUCCUUGCAGGUCAGAGAUCGCCCGAGACAGUACUCAGUGGUAUAUGAGAGCAGCUAGGGUGGUCUUGACACCUAUCCUCCUGAAACCGGCGGAAGCUGGCGCACGCCUCUACAUCUCGGCCAUAGCACUGGGUGAAAAGGGCCAUGGCAGGUUCUGGCAGCAAGACCGGCUACGGGAGCCAGCACCUGCACUCGUUGGUCCGGAGAAUGAGGCAUUGCGGGAGAAAGUCUGGCGUGAAAUCCUGAGGAUCUUGACUGAGAAGGUGCCAGAGGUUGAGAAGCUGGCCCAAGAUAUUUGA